AUGUCGAAAAACAAACAAGAUACUGAGAAUCUGAACUCAGGUGGCAAUACUAUUGAUGAUAGCAAAAAACUCAAAUGGAUAUCAUUUAUUGGAGAAAACAAAAGAAACGCGUUAAUGGAACUUAUUCAAAAUGCCUCUUCGCCUUUGCUACGUCGAAUUGAACAGCCUAUUUUAUUAAAUAUCUACGAAAACGAGAUACCGUCACAUGUCAUAAAUAUUCCCAAAAAAUUGUUUCUAAUUUAUUUUCUUGUUCUCGAUCCGGGUUAUCUUAAAGUGGAAUGCGUUGCAAGAAAAAAAUUAGAACUCAAUGGUAAAAAAUAUGAUUCGGGUAGCCAUAUUUCAUUGAAAGACAACUAUGGUGAACAUCAACUUAUGCUUGCCAAAGUUGGAAAGACAUCUUUGACAUUGGCAGUGAGAUCUCGAAGUGAUACUAAAAUAAAAGUAUCUGUUAAAUAUGGCAGUAGUAUACCACUCGAACUUCGUAUUAAUAAGAAUAUAUCGAAUCAUGAAUUAAUGCACAAAAUCGCUGAUGAAGCUAUAGAAGAAAUGUUUUUGCGCCCCAAUGAAAUUACAAGAAAUAUAGUUCGGUACCUUCGCUGUGGAAAAGUAAAUAGCUUUAAUCAACCCUUUAAGCUUCAGUAUUUUAUUGUGAAAAUGAAUAGUUACGAUGAUUACGAAUCAGACGCAUCUGACAUAGAGGCCAAUCUUCGUAAAAAUUUAUCGUUCUCUGGCUCAAAUAUAAAAAAAGACUGGAUCCGAAAUCUGUUUCACGAAACUGCUAAAAUCAAAAUCAUAGACAGUUUGGGUCCAACAGAAUGGAUUGUAACAAGUACAUCUAUCNGAGGUCAAUCUUCGUAA